CCCAUUUCUGUCCUCUUCUCUAACAAACUCCCAUUCUCUCUCCAUACCUCCCUCCCUCUCUCUCUCUCUAGAAACCAUGCCUGAGGCUCCAAACAAAAAUGGCAGGGACUAUAGUGUAAACAAAAAGACUCUUCAGUUCAUUGAAGAUGUCACGGCCAACGCAGAUCAGGUCCAGAACAGAGUCCUGGCCGAAAUCCUGUCCCGAAACGCCGGCGUAGAGUACUUGAACCGGCUCGGCGUUUCGGGCAAAAACAUGGACCGAGAGACGUUCAAGAAACUUGUCCCCGUUAUCAAAUACGAGGAUAUUCAGCCAGAAAUCAACCGUAUUGCUAAUGGGGACAAGUCGGCUAUCCUCUGCUCCCAACCCAUUUCGGAAUUCUUAACAAGCUCUGGGACUUCUGGUGGAGAGAGGAAAUUGAUGCCAACAAUUGAGGAAGAGCUAGGGAGGAGGUCAUUGCUCUACAGCCUUUUAAUGCCUGUGAUGAACCAAUUUGUUCCUGGCCUAGACAAAGGCAAAGGGAUGUACUUUUUGUUCAUAAAAUCAGAGGCCAAAACCCCUGGAGGCCUUGUGGCUCGCCCUGUUUUAACCAGCUACUACAAAAGUACCCAUUUCAAGAACAGGCCUUAUGACCCAUACACCAACUACACUAGCCCAAAUGAGACCAUUUUGUGCCCGGACUCUUACCAAAGCAUGUACUCCCAGAUGCUCUGUGGCCUUUUUCAAAACAAGGAAGUCCUCCGGGUCGGGGCGGUCUUCGCUUCCGGGUUCAUCCGGGCGAUCCGGUUCCUCGAGAAACACUGGCGGCUCCUGUGCAACGACAUCCGAACCGGAUCCAUCGACCCGCAAAUCACUGACCCCUCGGUGAGGGAGUCGGUGAUGCGGAUCGUCAAGCCCGACCCGGAGCUGGCAGAUUUCAUCGAGUCCGAAUGCGGGAAGGAGUCAUGGAAAGGGAUCAUCACCAGGCUGUGGCCAAAUACCAAAUAUGUGGAUGUGAUUGUGACUGGAACCAUGUCACAGUAUAUUCCAACCCUUGAUUUCUAUAGCAAUGGGCUGCCUUUGGUGUGCACAAUGUACGCCUCCUCUGAGUGCUACUUUGGUGUCAAUCUCAACCCUCUUUGCAAGCCCAGUGAUGUCUCUUACACCCUUAUUCCUACCAUGGCAUAUUUCGAGUUCUUGCCUGUUCAAAGGAACAAUGAUGUCAAUACCAAUUCCAUUGCCGUGCCCAAAACUCUUGAUGGGAAAGAACAGAAAGAACUGGUGGAUCUUGUUGAUGUCAAGCUGGGCCAAGAGUACGAGCUUGUUGUCACAACUUAUGCAGGGCUUUAUCGGUACAGAGUUGGGGACGUGCUCCGAGUGGCCGGAUUCAAGAACAAGGCCCCCCAGUUCACCUUCAUUUGCAGGAAAAAUGUCGCGCUGAGCAUUGAUUCGGACAAGACUGACGAAGUUGAGCUACAAACAGCCGUAAAAAAUGCCGUGAACCAUUUGAUCCCAUUCGACGCGACUCUAACAGAAUAUACCAGCUACGCCGACCUUUCAACAAUCCCAGGCCACUAUGUCCUUUUCUGGGAGCUUACUGUCAAUGGCUCAACCCCAAUCCCGCCUUCGGUCUUCGAAGACUGUUGUCUCACUAUCGAAGAGUCAUUCAACAGUGUCUACCGACAGGGCCGGGCCUCAGACAAGUCCAUUGGGCCUCUUGAGAUAAGGAUUGUUGAUGUUGGCACAUUUGAUAAGCUCAUGGACUAUGCUAUAAGCUUAGGUGCGUCGAUUAAUCAGUACAAGGCGCCUCGGUGCGUGAAAUACGAGCCGAUUAUUCAGCUGUUGAAUGACAAGGUUGUGGCUAGCUACUUCAGUCCAAAGUGCCCCAAAUGGGUUCCCGGACACAAGAAAUGGAGCAAUGCCUGAUUGAGUGACUUAUGGCAGUUAAAUUUGAAUGACUGAAGAAAGGAACUGAUUUUGUGAUCAUGUGAGGAGGGGGGAAAAAAACUACCUCCUUUUAGGUUUAACCCAUGUUUGUUCUGUUUCUUUUUUCUUUCUUUUUUUUAUGUUCUGUUUCUGUCAAUCUUUUUGUAGCCUUUUUUUAGCAAGAGUAGUGAUUUCAAAUUGCA